UGUACUGUCGCUCCUUCUCUUUUUUUUUUUUCCUCCCCGAACUGGAUCUGUCUAGCUCGACACUGCUGAGAUGAACCCGGUGAAUGCGACCACUCUCUACGUGUCAGCUUGUCGGUCGGUGCUGCAGUGCGAUCCCCGGGACCCCCAGGCUUUGGCGGAAAUCUAUAAGCUCUUGCCUUUUUUCAGACAGUCUCUCGCCUGCCUUGUGUGUGGCAAUUUACUACAAGAUCCAAUCGCUCCAACCAACUCAUCGUGCCAGCAUUAUGUCUGUAAAUCAUGUAAAGGUAAAAAGAUGAUGAUGAAACCAUCGUGCAGCUGGUGUAAAGACUACGAGCAGUUUGAAGAGAAUAAGCAGCUGUGCAUCUUGGUGGACUGCUACAGAAAGCUCUGCGAGUACAUCGCAGAGUCUCCUCUCGCCCAGCACAUUUCAAGUACUGUGGGAGGGUCCCCAGACAUCCUGGCUCUGUUGAAUGAGGGCAUCUCAUUGAACAACAGACAGGGGGAGGAGUCACUUUCCCUGAGCUUGACAAACCAGUCCCCUACACCCUCGACCUCAGAAACGCUCCCCGAUGAGGGCCAGUCCCCAUCGACAGAGAUCAAGGAGCAAGACCUCAGUCCUCUAGGGGUGAACGGUCUCCAAGACUGCAAUGGCUUGACCAACGUGGAGGAGUUGACCGCCAAUUUACCUUCACUAGAGGCCAAUGUUCCAGACUCGGUGGAAAGCGGGGGCGACUCAGUGAAACAAGAGAGUUUCACAAAUGAGAUCCCCGUGUGCGAGGCAGUGGCAGCUGCUGGAGAGGAGCUUUGUACCAGCACCAUGGACAUUUGUGGCUUUGGCGAGGAUAUUAAACAUGAUGGCGGGACUCUCCUCUUGAGUGUAGAGGAAGUGCUCAGGACUCUAGAACCAGACCACGUUGCCCAGGAUGAGUGUCCUGCAAUAUUGCAGUCGAGACUCGAACCUUCGGCAAACUUGAAUGGACCAUUUGCAUCGGUCGACUCUGCUCGGCAGCUCUCCUGUCUCCCGCAAGACUCGCAGGAAGUUUUCGUCCCCCAGCACCCGACGUCCCAAAAGAAUCCACAACAUUUGGGAAUAUCCUGUUCCGCAGUGACGCCUAGAAUGCCACGGUCCAACCGGAAGCGCUCACGGUCAGAAAGCGACAGCGAGAAGAUUCAACCCGUACCUAUUUCCACCUUCAUCCGCGGACCCACGUUGGGCGCCUCCGCCCCUGUUCCAAUCAAGUGCGAACCUAAAUCUCCCACUCAGACUAUCCCCCACAUGGCAGCAGUGCCCAACGGUGGUGGCCUUUCUAAGGUGGGCAAGGCAUUACUGGUGCCUGCUAAAACUGUCAAAAAGACCAUUGACAACCAUGGACCCAAAAAGGCAUACACUAAGUCCAAACAGGGCACUCCGAAGUCGAAGGAGAAGACGAAAGAACGGAUUCUGACUAACGCCCUCAUUCCUGGGAGCCCCACAAAAGUGGUGUACAAAAAGGCGCAAGAGAAAAAGGGCUGCAAGUGCGGCAGAGCAACUCAAAACCCAAGUGUUCUUACAUGCCGUGGACAGCGAUGCCCCUGUUACUCCAACCGCAAAGCCUGUCUGGACUGCAUAUGCAGGGGCUGCCAGAACUCCUACAUGGCCAAUGGCGAAAAGAAGCUGGAGGCCUUCGCGGUGCCAGAGAAAGCACUCGAGCAGACAAGACUCACUCUGGGCAUCAACGUCACCAGCAUCGCAGUGCGGAACGCCACAGGUAGCGGCGCCGGCGGGAUGCUUAAUGUCUCCACGGCGGCUGGCUCACCUGUGGCCUCCUUCUUGGCUACGGGGCCACACGAAGACAAAGGAUUCGAUGAACCAUUGGACAUGAGGUUUGACUGAGUACUGGAUGCUUCUCCUUUAACAUCGCCCUGUAUUCCAAACCGACUUGCUUUCAGUGUGAUGGCACUGUACCGAGGGGCUGAUGUCAGCAGAGUCGGCGAUAAGGCAGCUACUGUGAUUCUGUUCCAGUUCACAUUAUCAAUUAAAUUAGUUAUUGCUGAAGCUCGUGCCUUAAAAUCGUUUGUACUGUACGUUUUGGUUUUCUUGCACACCUUUAGAAGGAGCGGUGAGUCGGGAUACUGGAAGUCGAGAGUUUCUUUCGGAAAAGGUUUUAUUUUUUUUAUUUAUUUAUUUAUUUUUACAUUUAAGUACAAGUGAUCUAUAAGGCAUGAUCUUUGGCAAGAUAUACCUGACCUCAUUGUUGUGGGUCACGAUAUGUGCAUAUGUGGAAGAUUUUCAGUUUGUAGGUUAGAGGAUGAGACCUGUUAAAUGAAUGGUACCCUACAGCAGUUGUUCUCAAACCUCUCCAUGAAGUACCCCCAGCACUGCACAUUUUGUUUGUCUCCCUAUAUCUGGC